AUGCUGUUCUGGCACACGCAGCCCGAGCACUACAACCAGCACAACUCCGGCAGCUACCUGCGUGAUGUGCUCGCUCUGCCCAUCUUCAAGCAAGAGGAGCCCCAGCUGUCCCCCGAGAACGAGGCCCGCCUGCCGCCCCUGCAGUACGUGCUGUGCGCGGCCACGUCGCCCGCAGUGAAGCUGCACGAAGAGACUCUGACCUAUCUCAACCAAGGUCAGUCUUAUGAAAUCCGGCUGCUGGAGAAUCGGAAGCUGGGAGACUUUCAAGAUCUGAACACAAAAUAUGUCAAGAGCAUCAUCCGCGUGGUUUUCCACGACCGUCGGCUGCAGUACACAGAACACCAGCAGCUGGAGGGAUGGCGGUGGAGCCGGCCUGGGGACCGGAUCCUGGAUAUCGAUAUUCCACUGUCUGUUGGUAUCUUGGACCCCAGGGCCAGCCCGACCCAGCUGAACGCAGUCGAAUUUUUGUGGGACCCUUCGAAGAGAGCCUCUGCGUUCAUUCAGGUGCACUGCAUCAGCACAGAGUUCACUCCCCGGAAGCACGGCGGCGAGAAGGGGGUGCCUUUCCGGGUGCAGAUUGAUACAUUUAAGCAGAACGAGAAUGGGGAGUACACAGAGCACUUGCACUCAGCCAGCUGCCAGAUCAAGGUGUUCAAGCCCAAGGGAGCUGACCGGAAACAGAAGACCGACCGGGAAAAGAUGGAGAAAAGAACUGCCCAGGAGAAGGAGAAGUACCAGCCGUCCUACGAGACCACCAUUCUCACAGAGUGUUCCCCGUGGCCGGACAUGGCCUACCAAGUGAACAGCGCCCCGUCUCCAAGCUACAAUGGCUCUCCAAACAGCUUCGGCCUUGGUGAAGGGAACAGCUCUCCGACGCACCCCGUGGAGACCUUGCCCCUGGGCAAUGAUCACCUGCUUCCGUCAGCCUCGAUCCAGGAUGCCCAGCAGUGGCUCCACCGAAACAGGUUCUCACAGUUCUGCCGGCUCUUCGCCAGCUUCUCAGGUGCUGACUUGCUCAAGAUGUCUCGAGACGAUUUGGUCCAGAUCUGUGGCCCUGCAGAUGGGAUCCGGCUCUUCAAUGCCAUCAAAGGCCGGAAUGUGAGGCCAAAGAUGACCAUUUACGUCUGUCAGGAGCUGGAGCAGAACCGAGCACCGCUGCAGCAGAAGCGGGAUGGUGGUGGGGACAGCAGUCUGUGUGUGUACCAUGCCAUCUUCUUGGAAGAGCUGACCACCUUGGAGCUGGUUGAGAAGAUCGCCAACCUGUACAGCAUCUCCCCCCAGCAUAUCCACCGAGUCUACCGGCAGGGCCCCACGGGCAUCCAUGUGGUGGUGAGCAACGAGAUGGUGCAGAAUUUUCAAGAUGAGUCUUGUUUUAUCCUCAGUACCUUAAAAGCCGAGAGCAAUGAUGGCUAUCACAUCAUCCUGAAAUGUGGCCUCUGA